GCUUUCCUCCCUCUCUCCCUGCCUCUUGCACGGGGCUGAGGGGCUGGGAGGGAGACUGGGUGCCUGGGGCAGCAGCAUCCCUAGCCGGACAGUCGCUGGCUGGCCGCAGCCUCCUCCAGUUCCCCGGAGGCGUGAGCGGGCUGGAGACAGCCUCCUGCUGCCUGGAUCUCUCCGGACGCUGGGAAGUCCUCGGGUUUGGAGAGAGGAAAGGGGACCGGCUAGGAGGAGGGGGCCAAGGAGGCGGAGGGACCGGCAAAGCCUCUCUUCUGCGGCUCUUGGCUGACAGCCCUGCUCGCCAGAGAAGCACAUCUCCGCUUUCCCCCUUGCCCCUGCGGCCGGUGAGAGCCCCCGCCGGCAGCACCCAGCUGCCUGAAGUCUGGGAGCGCCCAGCCCCUCGCAGCUCUUCCCUAUGGGGAUCCGAGAGUUUCCAAACGGCGCACCCAGGGGCAAAACCAUCACGAUUGGCAUGAGGAGGUCACCCGACGUCAGCCCCCGGAGGCUGUCGGACAUCAGCCCCCAGCUCAGGCAGCUCAAGUACUUGGUGGUAGAUGAAGCGAUCAAAGAGGAUUUGAAAUGGUCCCGAUCCGUGGAAGACCUCACCAGCGCGUCGGUGGGGCUCACGUCUAUUGAGGAGCGGAUCCUGCGCAUCACUGGCUACUACGGCUACCAGCCCUGGGCAGCCAGCUACAAAAGGGAUGAGCGCCCUCGGGACUCUCCAGCUCCAACAGAGACCCAAAUGCCAGCUGGAGUGGAGGCUGGAGGGAGAGCCGGACAUUGCUGUUGGAAAUGCUCCAGAGAGCAGCUCAAGAAGUUUUUCUGGGGUGUGGCAGUGGUUUUGUGCAUCUGUUCUUCAUGGGCGGGCUCUACACAACUCGCCAAGCUGACCUUCAAGAAAUUUGAUGCCCCUUUUACCCUGACGUGGUUUGCCACCAACUGGAACUUUUUAUUCUUUCCUUUGUACUAUGUGGGACAUGUUUGCAAGUCCACAGAGAAACAGUCUUUAAAGCAAAGAUACAGGGAAUGCUGUCGAUUUUUUGGAGACAAUGGCUUGACGGUAAAGGUGUUUUUCACCAAGGCAGCCCCCUUUGGCGUUCUUUGGACACUCACAAACUACCUAUACUUACAUGCAAUAAAGAAAAUAAACACUACGGAUGUCUCCGUGUUGUUCUGCUGCAACAAAGCCUUUGUGUUCUUGCUCUCGUGGAUCGUUCUCAGGGACAGGUUCAUGGGAGUCAGGAUUGUGGCUGCCAUCCUUGCAAUCGCUGGGAUCGUGAUGAUGACUUAUGCAGAUGGAUUCCACAACCACUCGGUGAUAGGCAUAGCAUUGGUGGUGGGGUCAGCUUCAAUGUCUGCUCUUUAUAAGGUUUUGUUCAAACUUCUCCUAGGCAGUGCUAAAUUUGGAGAAGCAGCCCUAUUUUUGUCCAUAUUGGGUGUAUUCAAUAUCCUUUUCAUCACCUGUAUUCCUAUCAUUCUUUACUUCACCAAAGUGGAAUACUGGAACUCUUUCGAUGACAUUCCAUGGGGAAACCUUUGUGGAUUCUCAGUUCUCUUAUUGACAUUCAAUAUUGUAUUAAAUUUUGGAAUUGCUGUUACAUAUCCAACUUUGAUGUCACUUGGAGUUGUACUAAGUGUGCCUGUGAAUGCAGUGGUAGAUCACUACACAAGCCAAAUUGUCUUCAAUGGAGUUCGGGUCAUCGCCAUUAUUAUCAUCGGCCUGGGCUUUCUCCUACUGCUAUUACCAGAAGAGUGGGAUGUCUGGUUGAUCAAACUGCUCAUGCGCCUCAAAGUGAGGAAGAAGGAGGAGACAGCUGAAGGCAAUGGAGAUAUAGGCUCUGGACUACAGACCAAAAGCAGAAGGACCCGCCCAUCCUUUGCGCGUUAAUGUCACUCACUCAUGAGGUAGUGGUAACAAACAUGUGAUUCAAGGUUCAAAGGUCUUAUCUCGCAAAAGGGCACAUAUGUCCAAUGUGGUGUACAUAAGUGUACAGUUUUGGUAUCUUACAGUAAGUCACCCGGUAUUUAUGGGCAUGUCCAAUUUGCUUGCACUUUUUUCACAUCAGACCUUUCACUUAAGAAUACCACUUGCGUAUGGAGGAAAAACAGAAAAAACAAAAAAGAACCUCUCAGCUCUUUUUAAAUGAAUGUAACAUUAAGAUUAUCUUUGCAUCAAUUGUUUGGGAGACUUGGGAGACAGGUUUUCAUGACAAGCUGAGGCAACUGGUUUUCACAACAAGCCGGGACAGCCAUUUUGAAUCUUAGCAACUGAAUAUAUUACAUUACACACUGUGACUUUUUUUUAAAGCUAGAGUAAGUCAUACUUUGUUUUCUACCAGAGCUCUACUCUUAAUUUUAUGGAGUUUCAAUGAACCAAAAGAUAAUCGAAGGUGUGUUUUGGUUGGAAUGUAGGAUGUAGGGAAGAGAAAAUAGAAAGGCUAAUAUGUAUUGGGCUAUCUGCUGUGACUGGUCAGGAAAAAGAAGUCAGUUAAAGAGAGAAAGGCUCUGCAUGAAGGAAAUUAUGAAAGAAAAAUAUCAGAGCCUCAGCUGGUCUUUUUCUGCAUGUGUCCAUUUAAGAUCAUGCAAGAGAAAUUACAGUGCCUUCUAAAGAAUUUUCAUCUUUACCUUUGUGCAGCAAGGUGACAUUGUAAGUCACCAGCGCCAUCUUAUAAUGUAGAUGUAGGGAUCUUUAAAAACAAAUUCUAUUAUAAAUACAUAUAUAAAUAUAUAAAACCACAAAGCUGAUGACCAGAUAUGUAUGUACAUAUAUAUAUGAAUAUAGGAAUACAGUUUGUGAUGUACAAUAUUGAUUAAAAGGUAGACUAAGAGAAGGUGAAUCGCUAGUUGCUUUGACUUCAUGGUCAGAUAUUUUAAAAUGAUUUACUGAAAAUGUAAACCUUUUUAUGAAACUUUUAAGCAACAGGCUAUUUACUUAUAUAAUUUAGGUCUACCAGAAAAUUCUAUCUGUGAUAGAUCUGUAAAGAGGAAAAGGGGUGGGGUUAUAGUUUACUAUUUUUGAAGUUUACAUUGUUACAUAUGAAAUGGAAACAUUAUUUUGAAAUGUUGUCAUAACCCAAUGGUGCAUUCUGUAACCAUGGAGUUCUUUGUUUCAUGGGAAAAGGGGCAUUCAUGAAUUGAAAUUUUUAGCAAAUUAAUAUUCGCCAAGUCCAUUACCUGUUUGGUUAAACAGAUGAAUAAAAAAAAAAUUGGACAAAGUUAGUGACCUACUCUUUUUAUUCGCCAUUCCAUUUGUACAGUUUCUUUUUUAUGGCCGUAGGUUAAAUAUUUUCUAUAGCUCUCUCCCUCUUAUAAUUUCAUGUACAUAAACACACACUCCUACAUAUCCCCAACAAGUAUCCCCCUCUUUCACUGCAUUGGGGAUACCAAAGCCUACCACAUACCAGUUGGCCAUCUCUGAUUUUUAAAAAAAUGACAGAAUCCAGUUCUCUAAAUCAGGUCAUUCAAGACUUCUAGACCAAACCUUUGAACCUUUAUCUUUAAUCUUUAUCUUUAAGCCAAGAGAUUAUGAAAGAUGAAGAGGCUGAGAAUUUUGAAUGGAUAAAACUCUCUAAACUCUUCUUUCAUAAUAUAAUGAAUCUGUGUUUGUCAUAAGAAUUUUGCUAGAAAUCUCUGUAAAGAGGACAUAGACAAGUUAAAUGUGUCUUUAUCCUUCAAGUUAUAACUCAUUCAAUCUCCAAGACCCAUUAUGAUCUAAAGUAAGACAAUGCCAAUGGGAACAGUCAGCCCUUGAUCAUCUCUUGACCAAUCCAUGGAGUGAAUGUUUGUUGAAAAAUAGUGAAUUUCAGUCCCUUUAUAUCUGAAGAAAUGCUUAUACCCUUCAUAUGCCUGGGAAGGUAGCUGACAAAAAAAAAUGAAGAUGUUUUGAGAUGAUCCACUUGCCUUUUAAGAGCAAAACAACUUCUUGGCAUAUGAGCACUAAAUGAGUCCCAUGGCCCCUGGACAAUGCUGAAGACAAGAGCAAAAGAGGACACGUAUGAAGAUGCAGAGAUGUUUUGAAAUAUAGAGGAAGGAAAUUGAGGAUGCUCACCUCCUCUAGUCUCCUAAUUCUCUGUGAAGAAGGACAUAAAGCCUUCUAUUGAUUAUGAAGGGAGGAGAAUAGGUGAGAAUUUGGGACUUAGCAUUUCUCAAAAGCCAUUUUCUUCAGAUGAGAAGAGAUUAAAAUUCUCUAUGUUAAGAAUCAGAAAGAUUUGAAAUAAUCCUCAUGGGAAAUUCAAUACGGAGUAAAAGGACUAUUGAGCAGUGGUAAAAAUCCAAUUGAUGUUAUUCUCACGCAUAUUAAUCUCCUAGAAUAAAAUAGGUUUACCACUAUACCACUAUGUAGACUGCAACUUCCAUUUCACUUGGAAGCCCCCUUUCUGUUUCUUUCCUCCACAAUGUGACCAGAUCAGUUGGAUCUGGAGGGGAUAGAUGUGAGUGACCCAUUUAUUGAGAGUAAAAAGGUUUUUUUUGCCAUCACUGCUCCUUACUUAGACUACUGCAGUAGCCUCCUAACAAGCCCCUGCCUCCAAUAUCUCCCCUCUCUGACCUGUUUUCCACACAGCUGCCGAUAUGAAAUGUCUAAAGCUCAGUUUUGACUCUGGGACUCCCCUGCUCAAUAUACUCCAGUGGCUCCUUCUUAUCCCUAUGAUCAAAGACAAACUCUUCUUUUUGGAAUUUAAAGUCCAUCACAACCUAGCUUCAACUUGAUAUUCCUGCCUUAUUUACUCCCUUUAAUUAUACAUUACUCCUUCACUAUAGAAUUGAGCCAUUCUGGCCUUCUCACUAUUCCUCACAUAUCACAUUUUAUCUCUAGUCAUCAAACCUUUGCAAUGACUGCCCCCAUACCUGGAAUACCCUUUCUUCUCAGGACUGCCGUUGAGAAUCCCUUGGUUUUCUUCAAAACUCCAUUCAAUCACUACUUUCUACUAAUUUUUUUUUUGGUGGGGCAAUGAGGGUUAAGUAACUUGCCCAGGGUCACACAGCUAGUAAGUGUCAAGUGUCUGAGGCCAGAUUUGAACUCAGGUCCUCCUGAAUCCAGGGUCAGUGCUUUAUCCACUGCACCACCUAGCUACCCCUCAAUCACUACUUUCUACAAGAGCCUUGUCCAAUGCCCUCUGCUGCUAGCACCUCCCUACCAGAAUUACUCUCUAUUUAUUUUGUACAGACCUAUCUGUGUACAUGUUGUCUCCUCAAUAGACUGUAAGCCCCUAGAGGGCAAGGACAAUUUCAUUUUGGUUUUGUAUCCCCCAUGCCUAGCAUA